GUCGUCAUUUUUGCAGCUUGAAGGUUGAAGCUCCAUGGGCUUUAAUCCCGGCCGGCAACAGCAAUUCCACUAGUAAAAACAAGGAGGCUGAAGUGCUGAACUGUACGUAUAAAGUGAGGCCACAGAGUCUUCGCAAACCCUAGCAUUUGUCUCUCUGACGUUGGAACCCUUCGGAGCCAUGGCUUCUCGCAGGCUCUUAUCUUCUCUUCUCCGAACAUCCAUACGCAGAUCUCCUUCCAGAUCCCCGGGCGUAAGCCGUGGAACUCCAUCGCCCUAUUCUUCGUCUCGUCCUUCUCCCACUGGCUUUCUCCUCACCCGCGCUGUGAACUAUGCCACCUCUGCCGCAGCUCCGGCCCCAUCAUCGCCGCCGGCGAAGUCCGAUGGCGGCUUCAGCGGGAAGGUCACUGACGAGUUCACUGGACGCGGCUCGAUCGGGCAAGUGUGCCAAGUUAUCGGUGCCGUCGUCGACGUCAGGUUCGAGGAGGGCUUGCCACCGAUCCUGACGGCGCUUGAAGUUCUCGACAACUCGAUCCGUUUGGUGCUUGAAGUAGCUCAGCAUUUGGGAGAGAAAACCGUGAGAACUAUUGCUAUGGACGGGACUGAGGGGCUUGUUAGAGGACAGAGAGUCCUGAACACUGGUUCUCCCAUCACGGUCCCUGUUGGUAGGUCGACACUCGGACGUAUCAUGAACGUUAUCGGAGAGCCUAUUGAUGAGAGGGGUGAACUCAAGACCGACCAUUUUUUACCUAUUCAUCGUGAAGCUCCAGCAUUUGUUGAUCAAGCAACUGAGCAACAGAUUCUUGUCACUGGAAUCAAGGUUGUUGAUCUUCUUGCGCCAUACCAAAGAGGUGGAAAGAUUGGGCUGUUUGGUGGUGCAGGUGUUGGCAAAACAGUGCUUAUUAUGGAACUUAUUAACAAUGUUGCAAAAGCUCAUGGUGGUUUCUCUGUGUUUGCUGGUGUCGGAGAACGUACUCGAGAGGGUAAUGACCUGUAUAGAGAAAUGAUGGAAAGUGGUGUCAUUAAGCUUGGGGACAAGCAGGCUGAGAGCAAAUGUGCUCUUGUAUAUGGUCAAAUGAAUGAGCCCCCUGGUGCUCGUGCCCGUGUUGGGCUUACUGGCUUGACAGUGGCAGAGCAUUUUCGAGAUGCUGAAGGGCAGGACGUGCUUCUCUUCAUUGACAACAUUUUCCGUUUUACCCAAGCUAACUCUGAGGUGUCUGCUUUACUUGGCCGUAUUCCAUCAGCCGUUGGUUACCAACCAACUUUGGCUACAGAUCUUGGAGGCCUUCAAGAGCGUAUCACUACAACAAAGAAGGGAUCCAUCACAUCUGUCCAGGCUAUUUAUGUGCCUGCUGAUGACUUGACAGAUCCUGCUCCUGCAACAACAUUUGCUCACUUGGAUGCUACAACUGUGUUAUCUCGACAGAUCUCUGAGCUUGGUAUUUAUCCUGCUGUCGAUCCCUUGGAUUCCACAUCCCGUAUGCUCUCACCUCAUAUUUUGGGAGAGGAACACUACAAUACUGCUCGUGGGGUGCAGAAAGUCCUUCAAAACUACAAGAAUCUUCAAGAUAUUAUUGCCAUUUUGGGGAUGGAUGAACUAAGUGAAGAUGACAAGUUGACUGUUGCUCGUGCUCGUAAAAUUCAAAGGUUCUUGAGUCAGCCUUUCCAUGUUGCAGAAGUCUUCACUGGUGCUCCUGGCAAGUAUGUGGAAUUGAAGGAAAGCAUUGCCAGCUUUCAGGGAGUUUUGGAUGGGAAAUAUGAUGAUCUUCCUGAGCAGUCAUUUUAUAUGGUGGGAGGAAUUGAAGAGGUCAUUACGAAGGCAGAGAAGAUUGCUAAGGAAAAUGCUUAAUUAUUAUUAUUUUUUAUUCUGAGACUUUUUUGUCACCUUGCCCUGAUAAUUGCAAAAAUCAAUAAUUUAGUUGUUGGCAACGCUGGCAUCAGUUUUCGUUUUGUUUUUUUGGGAGAUCGAUUGCAUCUGGACGUUCCCUUUCUGUUUAACCUUGUUGCAACAUGUUACUAGUGGAGCUGGGGGGCCUUUGCCCCUUGUUAUUUUUAUUUUUAUUUUUAAUCUUGUUCUUCAAUGUGAUAAAUUGAGAGGGCUGGCUUGUAUAUUUUCCCUUUAUUUUUUUUUCCAGAAUAUUAGUGGUUCUGAUUAUAAAUGAAUGCUUCCUCUCAAUUGGCUGAGAAA